UGGAUCACAAUAAACUCUCUCUCUCUCUCCCUCCCUCUCCACUCCUCCUCCCUUCUCUCCCCUCUCUCUCCCAUCUUCACAUGUGCCUCCGCGGCGGUGCGACGGUGGUGGUGACGGCGGCGGCGACGGCGGCGGCGUAGUGUCGGUAUUCGUCUUCUCCGGGAAUGACAAAUGCUUAUUGAAGCUAUCUCCAGCUCGUCGAACGAACUCCUUCCCCCCAAAAAAGCUCUCCCCCUCUCUGACUUCUGUUCCCUCUCGAACCUCGCCAUGGGCAACUAUCCAUAAAAUAAGCAUCGCCCAUAUAAUAUAUCUAUCUCCCUGCUGAUGUGCUAUACAUUUAUAUAAUAUAUGUAUAUAUAUAUAUAUAUAUAUAAUUACACGGCGAGUUCCAAACGCGUUGUUCAUAUAUACAUACAUACAUAUAUAUUGGAUCACUGUGCUGAUCGUUGCGGGUCGGAGCAGCUGCUCGUAGAUCUGAAAGAGCCAUGGGGAAUGCCAACGUCAGAGAAGACGGAGCGACCGGCCCCGACGACCUCUCCGUUAGAUCCAAUGGCAAGCCGGCGGCCCAUGAAUCUUACGCUCCAAACUUCCAUACGCCUGGCCGUGUUAUCUCGUCGGAUUUGAUGGCCAAUACUCCCCCAGCCAGCCCUGGCCGCUCCCGAUCCCCUCUGUUGUUCGCUCCUCAGAUUCCUGUAGCUCCCCUGCUAAGGCCUGAAGGUCCGGCCUUUCUCAAUCAAAAUAAGCAAAAUGAGUCUCCGGGAACAGCCCAACCUUCCGAGGGAGGAGUCCCCACAAUUAUCACCUGGAGCUAUGGUGGCAAUGAAGUGGCUGUUGAAGGAUCAUGGGACAACUGGACGUCGAGGAAGAUACUUCAGAGAUUGGGCAAGGACCAUUCAAUUCUACUGGUCCUACCAUCAGGCAUAUACCACUACAAGUUUAUUGUAGAUUGUGAAUGGAGAUAUGUCCCAGACCUGCCUCAUGUAGCUGAUGAGAUGGGCCAAACCUGUAAUAUUCUUGAUGUUCGUGAUUACGUGCCGGAAAGCCUGGAAAGUAUAGCAGAGUUCGAGGCUCCGCCUUCACCAGAAUCCAGCUAUAGCCAAGUACUUCCUUCGGAGGAAGACUUUGCGAAGGAACCAGCCUUAGUUCCUCCCCAGCUCCAUGUAACCGUCCUCGGGACUGAGAACUCGGAGGAAGCCACUUCCUCGAGGCCUCAGCACGUGGUGCUGAACCACCUCUUCAUAGAGAAAGGGCGGGCACCUCAAUCUGUAGUCGCUCUGGGGUUGACCCACAGGUUUCAAUCGAAAUAUGUUACGGUUGUUCUCUACAAGCCACUGAAAAGAUAGAAUGACCUCGGUUUUCUUAACGAUGUAAAGAGACGUACUAGCUUUGUGUGAAGAUGUUCUGUUGAUGGCAUCAUCAAAUGCAUCCCACGUCUGAUCUGUUUGUGUCAAGAUCAGUCGCCCCAUCUCUCGUA